AUGUCGCUCGUCAGCCAAUUCCUGUCGCAGAUCCGGCAGCACGUGCGCGAGCAGCGCGGCGACCUGCUCGCGUCGUGGCUGCAGGUCGAGCCCAAUGCCUCGCAGCAGUACCACGCCAUGGCCGCCGAGCUGCGGCGCAGCUUCGCCGACGGGGACGCGCUCGAGGCCGUCGUCGAGUCCUCCCUGCCACUGGACGACGACGACGACGACGAUUAUAACGGCGGCGGCGGCGGCGACAUGCCCGAGGGUGGUCGCGCCGCGCCGUGGCCCAGCUUCCAGGCCUUUGUCAAGGAGUACCUGACGCUGUGGCGGGACAUUGACCACGACGACUUGCUGGGCGCGCACGAGCUGCUGUCCUCUCUGGUAAACGCCUGCGGCACCGCCUUCACGCACCCCCAGUACGGCGCCAUGCUCAUCCAGGUCUGCAAGAGCCUGUCCGAGUCGCUCGCGCGCUUCACCCUCAAGCUCAACCGCCGGCCGGACCUGACGCGGCGCCUGCGCACCGCGGGGGCCGGCGACGAGGACGGCGGCGGCGCCAAGUCCGUCGCCGAGUCGUCGGCCGAGAUCAUCCAGAAGAUCUUCAAGGUGUGCCUCAUGGACCGCACCGCCGGCCGCCGGCCCGAGGGCAAGAAGGCCUGCGUCUACAUGUUUGCCAACCUCGUCCUGAAGCUGCUCUUUGCAUGCAAGAGGACACACCUCGCCACCAUGAUCUUCCGCAACAUGUCGGCCAGCUCGCCGCCGCUGCACCUCUACCCAGCCGCCCAGCGCGUCACCUACCUCUACUACCUCGGGCGCUUCAACUUCGCCAUGAACCACUACCUGCGCGCCUCGCUGUGCCUCGAGCAGGCCUACCUGCAGACCCCCGCGCAGCUCGUCUCCCACCGCCGCGACAUCCUCACCUACCUCGUCCCCUGCAACAUGCUCCUCGGCCGCUUCCCCUCGCAGCUGCUCCUCGCCCGCCCCGAGGCCGCCGACUCCCUCGCCCCCGUCUUCCUGCCCCUGUGCCGCGCCGUCCGCGCCGGCAACUUCGUCGCCUUCCAGGCCCACCUCGCCGCCCAACAGCGCUGGCUCUGGGAGAGGGGCCUCUACGUCCAGAUGUGCUACCGCUUGCGGCCCAUGCUCUGGCGCUCCCUCGCCCGCAAGACCUUCCUCCUCACGUACGUGCCCCCGACAGAUGCCGCCGAGUCGCGCCGGGCCGCCACCCUCGACCUCGCCGACCUGCACACCGCCGCCACCUUUGUCCAGCGCCGCCUCGAGGGCUGGCUGCCCUCCAGCCAGGUCGUCCGCGGCCGCCCCCACAACGUCAACGCCAUCUUCAUGAAGGCCAUCACCAGCAACGUCCAGGUGCCCGCCGAGACGACCCUCGUCCAGCCCCCCGGCGGGCCUAAGCGCCUGCGCGCCAACGAGGGGCUCCUCAACGGCAACGCCCCCGUCAAGCUCGUCGACGUCGAGAUGAUGGUCGCCACCCUCAUCCAGCAGGACUUCAUGCACGGCUUCGUCGCCCACAGCCAGGGCCGCUUCGCCAUCAUCGGCGCAAAGUCCAAAGGCCCGCUGCUGGCCGGCUGGCCGCCCGUGUGGCAGGCCAUCCGGGAGAGAAAGUAUGACCAGGCCUACGAUCCCGAUGAGGUGCCCGGUUGGGUCAAGACUUGA